CGCUGCCUCGCCUGAGCCCCGAGUGGACUGCAGGAUGAAGUACGGAGCGGUGGUCCUCUCGGCUGGACUCACGGGUCUGCUGAGCUUCACCCUCCUGGCUGUGGCAAUAGGGACCGAUUAUUGGUACAUAGUGGAUGUAAAUAAGCCCAACCACACCGGCUCAGACGACAUGAGCUCGCACUCCGGGCUGUGGAGGAUAAUUGAAGGAACAAACGUGAGUUCAGUCAUCGCCUCUUUCACAGCAAAUAUGUCCAGCCUGUCUGAGGCGGAGAGGCAGCUUCUUGGCCUGCACAAAGUGGUGGUCAUCCUGCUGCCCCUCAGCCUGAUCCUGCUGGUGUUCGGCUGGAUCUUCGGGCUCGUCAGUUCGCUGGCCUGCAGUCCCAAGCUCCUGGCUGCGUCGGCGUCUCAUUUCCUCCUCUGCAGUGUUUUCACUCUGUCGGGGGUCAGCGUCUACAUCAAAUACUCACACCUGGCCAUGGAGGAGUUCCAGCGUCUUGUGCACCCCGACAGCCUGGCGUACGUGGACGUGUCUUUCGGCUGGUCCUUAGCGUCCGCCUGGCUCUCUUACAGCCUGGAAGUGGCCACCGGCCUGCUGCUCCUUCUGGCAGCCAGAAUAACUCAGAUGAAGGGGCAUUAUGAUUCUGGAGUCGCCAUCGCCAUGCUAUAAAUGGA